AUGGCGCUCACUCGGCCCAUUCACGGGCGGCCUUGGAACCUGAGUUUGGGCGCCGUGCCCGCGGAUGACGAGCACGACCUGUGGGAGCCCUCGUUCGCCUCGCCCACCUUGAGCUUCCAGCAGUUGGUCAUCACCUUGGCUUUGCUGUCCCUGACCUUGGUGUUGUUGAUCGUGGUGUUGGUGAGUUGUGCGCGGGCCCGAUGUUGGCCUCAGUGCGGUUGGCACGCGGCGCACGCGGCCGUUCAUCUGGAUGCCACGCAGUAUCAUGAGGUGGCUUCGUGCGAGACGCGCUCGUCGGACUUGGCCCCCUUGGCCGCCUACCCCACGUCCGGCGGCGUGGGCGGGGCCGGUGACUUGGACGACUUAUGGCAAAUCUCGACCGGGUCAGGCUCAGGCCUGCCGCUCCUGGUCCAGCGAAGCGUAGCUCGCCAGGUCACGUUGAUCAAUAUCAUUGGUCAAGGUCGCUUUGGCGAGGUGUGGCGGGGCCAUUGGCGGGGCGAGCCGGUGGCGGUCAAGAUCUUUGCCUCGUUCGAUGAGCAAUCCUGGUUUCGGGAGGUCGAGAUCUACCAAACAGUGAUGUUGCGCCAUGAAAAUGUGCUCGGGUUUAUCGCCGCCGACAACAAGGAUAACGGCACGUGGACUCAGCUCUGGCUCAUAACCGAGUUCAUGGAGUUGGGCUCGUUGUACGACUUCCUCCGACGACACGUGGUGAGUGUCCAACGCGGGUUGGAAAUGUGCCUGAACAUAGCCACCGGACUAGCUCAUCUUCACAUGGAUAUCGUGGGCACCCAUGGGAAGCCCGCCAUCGCCCAUCGUGAUCUCAAGAGCAAGAAUGUCCUCAUCAAACAGAACGGCAUUUGCGUGGUGGGUGAUCUGGGACUGGCUGUGCGGUACGACGCCACCUCCAACGUCCUCGACUUGCCCGAAACCAGUAAAGUGGGCACGAAGCGCUAUCUCGCGCCCGAGGUGCUCAACGAUACGUUAAAUGUGCAGUACUUUGAAGAGUUCAAACGGGCGGACAUAUACGCCUUAGGUCUAGUGAUUUGGGAAAUUGCCACGCGGUCCACGCCCACCGGCGACAAUCGGUCGUGCCCGGACUAUCAGUUACCUUAUCAGAGUGUCGUGGGCUCGGACCCGGGCUUCGAAGAUAUGCGGAAGGUGGUUGGAGACCAGGGCAUUCGCCCGGAUUGUCCCGCCUUUUGGCAACUAGAUCCGGUGCUUAAUAGUUGGCUUCGAGUCAUGAAGGAGUGUUGGUACGAGAAUCCAUCUUCCAGAUCGACCGCGUUACGGGUGAAAAAGUCGCUAGGGUUUCUUAAUCAAGAGGUACAAUCUAAACCAGAAAUCAAAACCAAACUUUUGGCAUAGUCGCGCUUUCAGCUUUGCCGCUUAUUUCAAAUAAGUUUAACCGAUGUUCAUUAAAUGCCAAUCAAUUCAUUCUUAGAUCUAUUUGACAGUAUAGAAAAACAGCAAUCGCUAUCAAAUAAAUGUCUGUACCACA